AUGACUUCAAACAGAAGCAACCUUCUCUCAUUGUUCUUCUUCCACUUUCUUCUUGUCCCCACACAACUUCAAGCUCUCAACACUGAUGGUGUUUCACUGCUCUCUUUCAAGUACACAAUCCUCAAUGACCCUCUCUCUGUUCUACACAACUGGAACUAUGAAGAUGAAACACCAUGUUUGUGGACAGGUGUUACCUGUACACAGCUUGGGAAGCCUAACACACCAGACAUGUUCAGAGUUACAAGCUUGAUACUUCCCAACAAACAUCUUCUUGGUGCCGUUACCACGGAUUUGUUCUGGAUUCCGCAUUUAAGGAUCUUGGAUCUGUCCAGCAAUUUCUUCAACGGGUCAUUACCGGACUCGGUCUUCAACGCUACUGAGCUUCGGGUAAUCUCCCUUGGAAGCAACAAUCUCUCUGGUGAUUUGCCUAAGAGUAUCAAUAGUGUGAUCAAUCUCCAGCUCUUGAAUCUCUCUGCUAAUGCAUUUACUGGACAAAUUCCGUUCAACCUCUCACUCCUGAAGAAUCUAACAGUCAUUUCCUUGACAAAGAACUACUUUUCAGGUGAUGUUCCAAGUGGUUUCGAAGCAGCACAAGUUCUUGAUCUUUCUUCAAAUCUUCUGAACAGCUCUCUUCCUCAGGAUUUGGGAGGAAGAAGCUUGCAUUACUUGAACUUAUCACACAACAAAGUCUUCAGCGAGAUUCCUCCACAUUUUGCAGAGAAAUUUCCAGCAAACGCCACAGUCGAUCUCUCAUUCAACAACCUAACAGGUCCAAUCCCUAGCUCCCUUUCUUUACUCAACCAAAAGGUCGAGUCUUUUUCCGGUAAUACAGAGCUAUGCGGGAAGCCAAUGAAGACCCUUUGUUCAAUUCCUUCUACUCUUUCAAACCCACCAAAUAUCCCUGAAAAUACCUCACCUGCAAUAGCGGUUAAGCCCAGAAGCUCGACUCCAAUAAACCCUUUAACAGAAUCACCAAACCAGACAGCAAAAAGCAAGCUAAAGCCAAGCACCAUUGCCGGAAUCACAGUUGCAAACAUAGCUGGUCUAGCUAUGAUAGGUCUAUUCGUACUCUACGUGUACCAGGUCAGAAAACGCAGAAGACACCCAGAAUCAAACACAUUCAGCUUCUUCAAAGACUGUCUGGAGAAAAACGAAGUGAAGAAAUCGAAUCACCAACCAAAACCAAGCGUCGUGGAGGUCACAGUCGCGGAAUCACCAGAUGCAAAAAGGGCAUGCGGUUCGUGCAUUAUCUUGAACGGAGGAAGUUACGACGAAACAUCGACAUCGGAAAGCGAUAUAGAGAAUCAGCAAGCCGUUGAAGCAUUUAAUCGAACAGAUGGUGGGCGACUGAAACAGAACACUCAAACACAGCUAGUGACUGUCGACGGCGAGACUCGGCUUGAUCUAGACACUCUAUUAAAGGCAUCUGCUUACGUAUUAGGAACCACCGGUACCGGAAUCGUGUACAAAGCGGUUCUGGGAAACGGCACGGUGUUCGCGGUGAGGCGGAUCGAAACGGAGAGCUGUGCGGCAGCGAAACUCAAGGAAUUCGAGCGGGAAGUUCGUGCCAUUGCUAAGCUUCGUCAUCAAAAUCUCGUCAGAAUUCGUGGGUUUUGCUGGGGAAACGACGAGAAGCUUCUAAUCUCCGACUAUGUUCCCAAUGGCAGUCUCCUCUGCUUCUUCACCGCCACAAAGGCAAACUCAAGCUCGUCUUCUUCUUCAUUACAAAACCCUCUCUGUUUCGAGGCACGGCUCAAGAUAGCAAGAGGAAUAGCUCGAGGACUAUCUUACAUCAACGAGAAGAAACACGUGCACGGUAACAUCAAGCCUAAUAACAUUCUCUUGAGCGCUGAGAAUGAGCCUAUCAUCACUGAUCUAGGACUAGACCGCCUCAUGACGUCGACGCGUGAACCUCACGCAACUGGACCGACGUCGAGCUCACCAUACCAGCCACCGGAAUGGUCUACGAGUCAGAAACCAAACCCUAAAUGGGAUGUUUAUUCCUUUGGUGUCAUAGUCUUAGAGCUUCUCACAGGAAAAGUUUUCUCCGUUGAUCAGGAUAUAGAUCAAUGGUCGGAAUUACCCGGUUCUGAAUCGGAAGAGAGAGGCCGGUUCUUGAGGUUGAUCGAUGGUGCAAUUAGGAGCGAUGUGGCUCGCCAUGAGGAUGCUGCAAUGGCGUGGUUUAGGUUAGGGAUUGAAUGUGUCUCUUCCUUGCCUGACAAGCGACCGUCCAUGAAAGAAGCGAUGCAAGUGUUAGAGAAAAUGUGUGUUUAG